UUUUGUGAGGGAAAGGGAGGCGGUUUGGCCUUCAGGAAAGAAAAGAGAAUGAAAUAUUUUCCUUGCCUUAUGAUGCCUUUUAAACAGACGUGUUAAUGAGACUUUGGGCCUGUCGUUUUUUCCAAGGCCUGUUCCCUUUCUCUCUCCCGUCGGCCAUCUUGGGUCUCUUCCAUUCAGUUUCUUCUCUCGGUUUGUGAAGGACUAGGCCUGUUGGAAGGAUAUCUUUUCCAUUCCCUGGAUUGACUUGGCUUUACAAGGUUUAUUAUUAUUAUUAUUCCCAUUUCAAUGAAUUAACUGAAAGGGCCGAAAUUAAUUGGAAAGAAUGGCGACUGCUCAGAAACAAAGGACUUCUUUGAGCACGGCCAUAUUUCCCAAUAAAAUAACCACCGAGCAGCAAUCACUGGUGUUAGUGAAGAGGUUGCUGGCCAUCGCCGUCUCCUGCAUCACUUACCUGAGAGGCAUCUUUCCAGAAUGCGCCUAUGGGACGAGAUAUUUGGACGACUUCUGUGUGAAAAUACUAAGGGAAGACAAAAACUGUCCUAGCUCCAGCCAGCUGGUGAAAUGGAUGUUGGGGUGCUAUGAUGCGCUGCAGAAAAAAUAUCUCAGACUACUCAUGUUGGCGGUCUACACUGACCAGGAGGACCCAGAGACCAUUACAGAGUGCUACCAGUUUAAGUUCAAAUACACCGACCAUGGACCAUCCAUGGACUUCACAAGUAAAAACCCGGAGAAUAAUUCCAACAUCUCGUGUGUGGAUACUAAGAAAGCCAGCAUCCUACUGAUUAGAAAGAUUUAUGUCCUGAUGCAGAAUUUGGGUCCACUGCCUGAUGAUGUCUGCCUCACGAUGAAACUUUUCUAUUACGAUGAAAUUACUCCGGCCGACUACCAGCCUCCAGGAUUCAAAGAGGGUGAAUGUCAAGAGAUUGCCUUUGAGGGGGAACCUACUUUCUUAAAUGUUGGUGAGGUCCCCACCCCCUUCCAUAAGUUGAAGGUUAAAGUGAUGACGGAGAAAGAGCGAAUGGAGCGAGUGGAUAAAACCAUACUGAGGCAAAGCAACACUUUGACUUCUCCCAAGGCAUGCUACUCUGGAGGACAGGAACAGGAAAUGGAUGAAGAUUUUAUUGGCGAAGAUAGGAUAAGACAGCAGAAAACCGCACGCCAAUCUCUAUGUUCUCAAGAAAUAAAUUUAAUAUACGAGGAACACGAAGAAGAAAACAGAAAAAGAGAAGAAACUUCAAAUGUCUCCAACAAUAACGCCCAGGUGACGCAGCUAAUAAAUAAGACAUCAGCACUCGAAGUAGCUGAGAGCAAGACCCGAAGUGGGAAGCAAUUUCAGGGGAAUACAGUGGGUGUCGAAGGCGAAAGCAGCAGGAAGCCGUUGCCAGCAGCACGGGCCAAGAAGAGGGCUAGUGCAGAGUCAGGCAAACCAGUCUAUCAUUUUGACUUCUCUUCUAGUCAAAAUUCCGGUUGCAAACGGCGAAAAAUUAGUGAACCGAAAAAGAAAAAAUAGAUACAAGUUUCCUUG